AAGUAGUGGAAUAUCGGAAUAGUUAAACGUGUUGUUGAAACAGUUUCUGAUCUCAGUACCUGGUGUUGAAAACAUGGCAUCAACAGACCUACAACGUUCUCAGAUUAACCCAUUGGAACUCAUAUCGAUCUAUGUUUACAGAGAAUUAUAGAAUAACAAAAAAAUUAUAUAAAAGAACUAUAAACUUGACUUGAUUCAAUAGCCUUUACACAACAUAAAUGUCAAACAUCUCAAGAAGCAUCCUCCACAAACAUUUGUAAUUAUACAAAUUCAUAUAAAACUCAGCAUCACCAUUCAAAUUAUAUUAACUUCUUUGAUUGAAUAUUUUCAGUGAGGUCUAACAAAGCUUUUAGUAAGGUAUGUAACCAAAAUAAUGUUUUUUAAAGAGACGUUGUCAGAGUAGCUUCCAUCCUAUACAUAUUUCGUGUUGCAUCUGGGCUUUGCCAGUGGAAACAAUUGUGUCACGUAACAAGCCAGCUUUAUCCAGACAUAGAGAGAACUUGCACAACUUUAGAAGUAAUGUGCCUGAAGGCUUGACAAUAACUGGGAGAAUUGUGACAGCAUUGGAAGACCUCAUAGCAUUACACAGUGCCUCUACAUUUUCAAUAUACAUUGACUACUUAUUUACAGAUUCACCUAAGAGAUGCAUCAACCAGCCCUGGUCACGGUUGCUGUUCUGCUCUUCUCUCUCACCACUGUCUCUGGGGGGAAUGUGCUGGUCUUCCCAUUGGAUGGAAGCCACUGGGUGAAUAUGAAAGUCCUCAUCGAAGAGCUGUACACCAGAGGCCAUAGCAUCACAGUGAUUCGUCCAACCACCAACUGGUACAUCAAGGAGAAAUCCCCUCACUACUCGUGCAUUACCAUCCCAGUAUCUGGUGGUGGAUUUGUUGAGGAGGUCUUUAGUUUGUUUGUGACCAGACAAUUGCAGAUCCAAAGGGAGGGUGGAGGUUUCUGGUCUCGUAUGAGUCUGGAGAUUGAGGUGGUGAAGGAGUUAUAUGAGUUACACAAGGAUUUGGUUGUAAUGAUGACUACGAUAUUCGAAGAUGCCGAACUAAUGCAAUCACUUCGCGAUGCAAAUUAUGACCUGGUUUUGACGGAUCCUGCCAUUGGUGGGGGCGUGUUUCUGGCUCACCGCAUUGGUCUUCCUCUUGUCUUCAAUGUCCGAUGGACAGUCCAGGGCGAUGGUCACUUUGCCAUAGCCCCCUCGCCUGUCUCAUAUGUCCCAUUGCCAGGAGCACUGUUGACAGACAAAAUGACUUUUCAAGAGAGAGUCAUAAAUGUUCUGUUUUAUCUUUUUACAAGGUUUCAAAUUGCAUACGUCAUGGACCCUAACUACAUUCCGUUCGUCCAUCGUUACUUCGGCCCUGACGUUCACUACAUGUCAUUGUUCCAGGCAGCAGACAUAUGGCUCAUGAGGAAUGACUUUACCUUUGAGUUUCCGCGGCCCACCAUGCCAAACGUGGUCUACAUGGGCGGCUUCCAGUGCAAGCCCUCGAAGCCGCUUCCCCAGGACAUGGAGGACUUUGUCCAGAAGUCCGGGGACCAUGGGGUCAUCAUGAUGUCCCUGGGGACCUUGGUGGGACAACUUCCUGAGGACAUCGCUGAGGACAUCGCAGCUGCUUUCGCCAAACUGCCUCAGAGGGUCGUCUGGAGGCACACUGGGAAGAGACCCACCUCCGUGGGCAACAACACUUUACUAGUGGAUUGGCUCCCCCAGAAUGACCUCCUUGGACACCCCAAGACCCGAGCCUUUGUUGCCCACGGCGGAACCAAUGGAGUCCAGGAGGCCAUCUACCAUGGUGUCCCUAUUGUCGGCCUCCCGUUGGUCUUCGACCAGCAUGAUAACCUCAAUAGGAUGAGGGCUAAGGGAGUGGCUAAGAUAGUGGACAUCGCCACCGUAGACAGAGACAUCUUCCUGGAGGCAGUGAAGGCUGUUCUCUAUGAGCCGACCUACAGGGAGAAUAUGCAGAGGCUAUCCAGGCUGCACAGAGACCAGCUCAUGAAACCACUGGACCGCGCCAUGUUCUGGAUUGAGUUUGUCAUGAGGAACAAAGGAGCAGCACAUCUGAGGACAGAGUCCUAUAAGAUGUCCUGGUUCACCUACCACUCUGUUGACGUCGUAGCCACGCUACUGGCCAUUGUGUUGCUCAUAAUGCUGGUUAGCACUUUAGCUGUAAGGUUUUUGUGGCGUAAGGUGUUUUGUAGGAGGAAAGUGAAACAUGAAUGAUAUCAAUGUAUUAAUGAAUAUUAAUAUAUUAUCAAAUUAUCAUUAAUAAAAUAUUCAAAACAUUA